AUGACACUCGUAAUCACUCGAACUAUCGUUGUAUAUCUAUCACUUUUGGUCCUCUUCUUGGCGAUACUGUUCCCUAAAUUGUAUAUACUUCAGAUACUUAUACUCACUCCCAUAUACAUCUCUUCAGCUUUGUUCAUCGGGACUGCUUUGUUGAUCUUUCGGAUCAUUCAAUUGGAUCGUCAACAUAUACCUUCUUCGAGUUUGCCUCCAAAUAGAAACAAACACGCUCUCAGACCACUACGAUUCACCACUCCAGCAGCUUGGUCUGCAGUCCUGACUCGCCAGUCAUGGGAGGACAACCCGUCAUCAUUCGCACCAAUACAUAAGAAUGCUUCGAGCUCAGUCAAUAGUCGUUUGGACAGUCUGUUUCUUCUUAUAAAGCGUCAUUUCAUCUUACCUUGGUAUGAGAGGAUAUCACCCUCUCCCGCUUUCCCUCAUGCUGUGGAGAGAAUGAUACGACAUAUAUCCUCGGAUUUCACGAAUCGAGCCGAACAAGUCGAUUGGCCAAACAUCAUGGUGUCAAGGAUAUUACCUAUAGUAUCUGAUCAUAUUCAACAUUAUAGAUCUAUCGAGCAUCUUUCUUCUUCUUCAGCUUCAGCUGUACCAAAUCCAGCUCUUCCAUUACCUUUACCCCGCAAAUCUCAUCCAGCUCUAUCAAGUCAACCUCAUACAUCUUCUGGUAUAUCACCAUCAAUCGAAACGCAUCUCCGUGAAACCUUAGCUCGAAUAUUGGGACAUUCAAUGUUGGAGAAAGAUAAAUCAGAGGUCGUUUUGACUAUCGUAAGAGAAAUCGUUUUGGGCGCAGCGCUGUUACCCAUUUUCAAAAUGUUGUGCGAUUCAGAUUUCUGGAAUAGACAAAUAGAUGAAAAAGGUGGAAAAUAUCUACGUGAACAAAAACAAGUAGAUAAAUUCCUUUCUGCACUUUCUGCUUUACCCGCUCCUACACCUUCCAAUACAUCAACUCCAUUACCUACUUCCAAAACACGGAAAGGCCAGACACAACAUAUACAACCUCCUUCAUCGACCUCAAUAUCAGCUGAAUCAUCAUCAAAGCAAUUCGACAAUUUCCUCAGAUCCAUCGGCAAGUUGAAGUCACUAGGAGAUGCGAGAAGGCUCAGAGCAGAUGUAGAGCGGGAAUUGAGAAGUGCAAAACUCGUAUUGGCUGAAGAAACUCGUCAAGAGCGAUCAGUCAAAGAGGGAGACAAGAGAUUUAGAAGGGCAGAGAAAUACGUUCGAAGGCUAGAGAGAGCAAAAUCGGAUAUAGAUGCAAGGAUAGCAGUGUUGUCUGGUCAACCUGGAAAGAUUCUUGCUCCUUUGGACAAAUCACCUUUACAAUCAUCAAUCUUCGAGACAAAAUCUGACCACUCGGUCAGCCUAUACUCGAUCCUAUCUGACCCUUCCUCUCUGGCUUACUGGCUGGAAUAUAUGGAACGUCGUGGUCGGUCACGGUUGGUACAAUAUUGGCUCACCGUAGAAGGCUUCAAGGAUCCACUGGAAGCAGCCGGUCUCGAUUCGGCACUGAACAGUACCGUCCAAACGAUCGAUCAGAAACCUUCAGAUAGCAAUCAAACCAUAGGCGAAGAUAUCGCAUUCUUAUAUGAGAUGUAUUUCGCGGUUGGUCAAAACGAGAUUACUAUUCCUUCUCGAUUCCAGCAAGUCAUUGAAGACACAGCUCAAUCAUAUUCCCCAUCCCUCUCCGCUUCGGAAGUCCAAAAGGUUAAACAUGCUGUUUUCGCAUCUCAAAAGGAAGUCUACGAGCAGAUGGCCGAAGAAGAUUGGCCAAGGUUCAAGAAAAGUGAAUUAUUUGUCAAGGCCUUGACAGAUAUCAAAAGAGCUGGGAUACCCUUAUCUUCGAAUCCUGAACUUGAAGCUUCUCGUAUAGCUUCACCAAAGAUUCACUCGACCCCGAUGACACUUCCACCCAUAACACGACCACCCGCAACUCCAGCGCCAUCAUCGAAAUCACUCUUGGAUUUGUUGUCCCCUUCCGCUAGACCACGUCAAACAAACAAAAGAGGAAGCUUCUCCCCUACAAUGACUCCUACGCCUACAGCUUCGAUCUCCUUCACUCCACCAAUAUUUCAACGAUCGCCUACGGCCGACUCCUGGGGUCCUCAGAUCAGGGAUAUUCAGAAAGUCGGAUUUGUAGAUAUUGACAAAACUCUUUCCAUUCAAUCAAGUGGACCCUCUACCCCUCCGCCUCCUGUCAGACGUUCAAGUCAUCUUGAUUUCCUGAUUUCAGAAGGAGAAAUGAAGGAAGAGAUCGAAGAUCGAGGGAAACUGUUUGAUGAAGAAGAUGGCAUUGACGAGCAUAAUGAGGAUUAUGUUGAGGCUCAACGGAUAGAAGCCAUUCAAGCUGCUCUCAACGAAAUCAUAGCUUCAGACGAUAUGGUGGCUUCUAGGCAUGAGGAAAAUGAUCGCAACGUCCUACCACAUCCUCAAGUCAGAUCUCCGUCCGCCUCACUCGUCUUCUUUGACAAAAGCUCAAGGGCUGAAAGUAACCCUCCAAAACUCACCUCCAAAAGUGCAGAAAAUCUGAAAGCAUCAAGGCCCGCUCCAUCCAAUCACUCCGCCCCUCCAAGCCGACUCCCGUCUGUUGCUGUACCUAAAGUCAAGUCCCUGACAAGACGACGAAGCAAUCCCCGCCUCUCCAUGUCUCCCGAUCAAUCAAGUAGACACCUGUUUGACGAUGAGUUGAUCGAUGAAGAUGAAGCUUUGAUUGACGAAGAGGAUAUCAAUGAUCCAAAUGAAAAGAUACAACUCGCUGCACCCGGUGAUUUACGGUUAUCAGUAGAGAUUGCCAGACUGCAAGACAAAAUCCAGGAACUAGUUCAACAAGACCAUCUUUUAGAUACGUUGAUUCGACAAGCUGAGUUGACAGGCAAUCAAGCUGAGCUACGUAUCCUGCGAAGAUCCCAAUCUUCUGUCAGACGAGAACAACGAACAGCGAUCUUUCAGAAAGCCCAAUUCGAACAACAAGAGGAAGAGAAUCGAUUGGUUCCUGGUCGCACAAGCGUAUGCAUACCUUCAUCCGUGGUCAGUUCAGAUCCAGGGGAUAAUGGGAAACAAGUUGUGAAAUACACUAUCGAAAUUAGUCAAGCAGGAGAAGAUGGGCAGAUUAUGCUUGGAUGGGUGGUAGCUAGGCGAUAUAACGAAUUUUAUGAGCUGGACAAAUCCUUGCGGGAAUGGGCGGCCGGAAUGGGUGAACAUCACACCUUAGGCGAGGAGCUGAAGAAGAAGGUGGUGGAGAUGCCAGGGAAAAAACUUGUACCUAAUCUAUCGGUGAGCUUUGUUGAAUCAAGAAGAGCUGGAUUGGAGCGAUACCUUCAGUCUUUGCUCACUUCAUCAAUCAUAUGCGACAGCAUGCUACUCCGUUCUUUCCUCUCCCGAUCCCCUAUGGCUUUACAGCCCGGUUCGGAAGCUCAGAUGUCAUCCUCGACCGCCUCAUUAGCAAGUCUUGCGCCCCAUAACAUCGUAAAAUCCUUAUACAAGACUAUGGCUACCUCCAUCGAUGACGCAUUGCUAGGUCCCAGCAUGUUAGAUAUGAUGUAUAGCACCUUAUCCCGCCAACUGAACGAUUUUGGUGGAAUGGUCGGGUUGGGUGGUGACGAUCUUGCAGGACUAUUACCUUCAGCACUCAAGGGUGGACCAUAUACACCUCAAUGGUUAAGAAAUGAUCCGAUCGCUGCCGCAUCUGCGACUGCUACCUCGGGCGGAAGAAUUGGACCCAUGGGAGGCGAAUCAGGGAUGACUAGUUUCACAGCUCCGAUAUGCGAUCUAUUCAUCGAGGUUUUCGAUCUCAAGGAGAAUAAUUGGUUGAGAAGACAAGCUAUCGUGGUCAUAUUGCAGCAGUUCUUGGGCAGUACGAUAGAAAGAAAAGCAAGGGAUUCUUUUCGUGCUGCAACAUCAUCGGAAUCGAUAGAACGUAUACUAUCGAGUCUUGAAGAGACCAUAUUCCCGGAAGGAGAACGACGGCCCACUAGUGUAGAAAGAACAGAACAGGAAAAGUUGGAGACCAAGAUUAGAGCAAGCAAGAAACUUGGUUCACUCAUUCCUGACGUCGCUGCCAAUAUGAUUGGAAGAGGCAAUGCUCGACGAGCAGCCAGAAGAGUUUUCGGUGCUUUACAAGAUACGAGAUUGAACCAGCAUCUAGUCUUGUCGAUCAUGGAUGAAAUCCUGAAUGCCAUGUUCCCACCGCCUCGAUGA